UCUUCUGCUUGCUAUAUACUACAUAUAUGCAAGGACCAUGAAACCUCACAAGCACUUGCACCAAACUCAUUAUCAUUCUGAGAGUUCCAAGGACUACAAAAGUCAUGGCAUGCAGCAGGCCAAUUUCAUUCCAGAUAAUUUCAACUCGCUUGAUCAGGUCAUUUCUGCUUUGAGGGAAUCUGGUCUUGAGUCAUCAAAUUUAAUCCUCGGAAUUGACUUCACAAAAAGCAAUGAGUGGACAGGAAAACAUUCAUUUAAUAGAAGAUCUCUUCAUGCUAUUGGUGACAGACCUACCCCAUAUGAGCAAGCAAUUUCCAUAAUUGGCCAUACAUUGUCCCCUUUUGAUGAGGACAAUUUGAUACCAUGUUAUGGUUUUGGAGAUGCAUCUACGCGUGACCAUUCUGUGUUCAGCUUUUACCCAGACAAUCAUCCUUGUUGUGGUUUUGAGGAAGUUCUUUCACGAUACAGAAAGAUUGUUUCCCACCUAAACCUUUCAGGCCCUACAUCAUUUGCCCCAAUUAUCCGCACAUCAAUUGAUGUUGUCAAAAGAAGUAAUUGGCAGUAUCAUGUUCUUGUCAUCAUUGCUGAUGGACAAGUCACAAGGAAUCCUGACGUUCCACCAGGAAAAUUAAGUUCACAAGAAGAUGCAACCAUAAAAGCAAUUGUUGAUGCCAGUUACUUUCCUCUAUCUAUAAUUAUGGUUGGUGUUGGUGAUGGACCAUGGGAUGCAAUGGAACAUUUUGAUGACUGUAUUCCUGAACGUAAAUUUGACAAUUUUCAGUUUGUCAACUUCACAAGCAUUAUGAGUGGAAAUAAAGACAUGCCAAAGAAAGAAGCAGCCUUUGCACUCUCUGCGUUGAUGGAGAUUCCUUUUCAAUAUAGAGCCACACAAGGGCUCCAACCUCUGGAAUCCCAGAAAAUCCAAAUAAGUUCACCAAGAGUUCUUCCUCCUCCUAAGGGUGCAAUUGAAUGUGAUAGUAUAGCAAUGCCAUCUAGUCAUCAGGCACUUCCAACAGGAGACACUGUUUCAGUAGAGCAGGUCUGCCCUAUAUGCUUAACAAACCCAAGGGAUAUGGCAUUUGGUUGUGGACAUAUGACAUGCAAGGAAUGUGGUGCCACCUUAGCAACAUGUCCCAUGUGUCGGGCACCUAUUGCUACGCGCUUGAGACUCUUCGCUUAAAUCGUCGAGUGAUUGGAGAUGUAUAAGGAGCCACACAGGCCACCUUGCGGUUUCUGAACAU